AUGCCCACUCCUGAUGGCCAUCGCUAUCUUCCCUCCACCGCCGUUUUCCUCGUCGAAGUGCUCAAACUGGUGGUCUGCCUGACAAUAUCCCUGUAUCAAGUCUCAGUCACGAUUCCGCGCUCAAUGCCCGUCACCGCACUCGUUAGCGCAAUGGGUAAUGCCAUCUUCUCAGGAGACAGUUGGAAAAUGGCCAUACCUGCAAGCUUGUACACUCUCGCCAAUAGCCUACAAUACGUGGGCAUCUCCAACCUGGAUGCGGCCACUUUUCAUGUUACUUAUCAACUAAAGAUCUUGGUAACCGCUUUGCUCAGUGUGGUCCUACUGCGAAGAUCCAUUACCAGUCGGCAAUGGCUGUCUCUAAUUCUUUUGAUGCUCGGGGUGGCGAUAGUGUCGCUACCUCAGGGGCCCGACUCGACUCUGGCGUCUAGCCACCAUGCUCGAGUUUAUGUCCCACGAUCGACCAAUCCUCUUCGCGAUCAUUUUCGCAUGGCCGAGCCGGGAUCUCAUCUAAGGAAGCGGUCGGCUACAUAUGAAGGGAUUGAGGAAGAUGAGUUAGCAUUGGAUACACCAGGGAUGGAUGCCUCGGCAGGAUUAUUGGCGGUGGUCUCUGUCUGUGUGUGUUCGGGACUUGCAGGGGUCUACUUUGAAAAGGUUAUCAAGGAGUCGCCCAAGGGCACAUCCCUCUGGGUGCGCAAUGUCCAAUUAUCGGUCUAUUCCUUGUUCCCUGCCUUCUUCAUUGGCAUUAUCUUCUUGGAUGGCGAGAACGUGGCCAAAUAUGGCUUCUUUGCCGGGUACAACUGGAUUGUUGUCCUGUCCAUUUUGAUUCAGACCUUUGGCGGAAUUGUUGCCGCGUUUUGCAUCUUUUAUGCCGACAAUAUCUCCAAGAAUUUUGCUGUUAGCAUUAGCAUGGUUCUGAGCAGUUUGGCGAGCUUCGUCUUUUUCGACUUUUCAGCCUCUAACAAUUUUCUCAUUGGUGCUUCUGUUGUCCUCGUUGCGACAUGGCUAUACAACACGGAAGAGGCCCGAGGGCAAGGCAUCCCCAUCAAGCUUCCGAGCAGCGAAAAGGCGUUCGCAGAAGCUCCUCCAGAGAUGAAUGAUAUGUCAAUUCAAAUUCCCAAAACCCCACUAACGCAGCAAGAAUCCGCAUUGGCGACCUCGAGGCCUGGCUCACCCUCGCAUAAAAAGCGAAAGGGGGAAACAGCGGGAUAUUUCACAAAACACCAUGCUUGA